UCUUCAGGUCGCAAUGUCGCAUUGAAACAGAACGCCGUGCAGUCUUCCACUUUCACGUGCGAUGAUCUUGGCGGGUUUCUAGCGUCCAACGCCGUCGAUGGUAACACAAAUGGUUCGGUCGCAAGCCACUCGUGUACCAACACAGACACCAGAGAUCCUUCACCAAGCUGGACUGUGACGUUUGGCCAUCCUCAGCUCGUCAACAGAUUCGUGUUGUACAACAGAGUUGGUCAUGGUACUCUCAAAAUAUAACCUAUAAAAUCUAUAAAACUGAAUAACUUCGCUUAAGCUCAAAUCAUGAAACUAAUUUGAAUUCGAUCAAAGUAAUAUGCAUAAUGUUAAAUUUACAACAACAAUAAAAAAAGGUAAGUUAAAUAUAUUUCUUUAAUUUUUUUUGCAAAAAAUCAUCUAUCAAAAAAAACCAUUGGUACUGAAGAAUCAAAGUACUUUUAAAAAAAUAAAUAUAGAUCAAUACUAAAAUAUUAGCAACCAUUACAUUUACAAGUUUUUAUUGAGAUGAACUUAUUUUAACAAAAAGACCUUAUUUAAUUAGGCUAGAUUAAUUUAUUUUACAGAAUGUGGGGGUCUUUGUUCAGAAAGGUUAAAGAACUUUACCCUUGAAAGUUUGGACUACGAAAACACCACGGUGUUCAGUUACCAGGACUCGAGUGUCACAGCAUUGACGGUAUACACAGUAACCGUGCCGGGCCGUUUGAGGGGUUCACCGGUCAGCUUACUUCAGAUCAACGCUACAGUUCUAGCCAAUGAAGACUCAAACCCUGUUCUCACACUGUGUGAAUUUGAGGCCUAUGGGGGU